AUGUUAGUGGAAAGAGGUCCCAAAAGAGUUGGUGAUGUUGCAUUUCUGAAAGAUAAUUCAGGUAGGCAUUUUUCUUUUGUACAUUACAUUAGAAAAUUGCCUAAUGGGGAGACGCAAGAUAGGAAGUGGCUAGUGUACUCAUGUUCUUUGGAUAUAGUAUUUUGUUUUUGUUGCAAGUUAUUCAAGAAAAUUGGAAUCAAGACUUACUUGGAUAAUGAGGGUCUUAAAGAUUGGAAGAAUAUUGGUCACAGACUUACAACUCAUGAAACUAGCAAGGAACACAUUCACUACAUGAGUGAAUGGAUUGAAUUCGAAAGAAGAUUGCAAAAAUGUAAAACAAUUGACGAAAGUGUGCAACAACAAAUCAGCAAAGAGAAAGAACAUUGGAGACAAGUGUUAUGGAGGAUAAUUGUUGUUGUGAAAAGACUUGCAAAAGUUACUUUGACAUUUCAUGGAGACAAUGAGAAGCUGUAUGAAGAGAAUAAUGGAAAUUUUUUAAAUGUGAUUGAAAUGAUUGCUGAAUUUGAUCCUACAAUGCAAGAGCACAUUCGGUGUAUUGAUACACAUGAGACUCAUUACCAUUAUCUUGGUCACAAGAUUCAAAAUGAAUUGAUACAACUGUUGGCAAGUGAGGUCAAAAGUGAAAUCAUAGCAAGAAUCAAAGAAGCAAAGUAUUUUUCAGUGAUACUUGAUUGCACUCCGGAUGCCAGUCAUGAAGAUCAAAUGUCUCUUAUAAUAAGGUGUGUGGAUGUUACAAAAACUCCAAUAAAGGUUGAAGAAUUCUUUUUAGAAUUUCUGAAUGUACAUGACUCAACAGGGCGUGCAUUGUUUGAUGUGCUUUUAGGUGCAUUAAGCACUCUUAAACUUGAUGUUGAUGACAUAAGGGGACAAGGUUAUGACAAUGGUUCAAAUAUGAAAGGAAAAAAUAAAGGCGUGCAAAGCAGAGCUAAGUUUGGCGAGGGGAUUUCAAGUUUCAAGAGAUUGAGCUCAAGUAUACGUAGCAAGAAAUGGAUCAUAAAAAAUAGUCAUAUUGAAAGUGUUAAACCCAUAAGAGAAAGUGCUCAACAGAUAAUAGAUGCUUUGAUUCACUUGGCAAAUACUAGUGAAGAUCCUAAGUCAAAGAGUGAAGCCGAAUCCCUAGUAAUCCAUGAGCUAGAGAAUUUUGAGUUCUUGUUAGGUAUGGUUAUUUGGCAUGAAUUGUUGUUUGCUAUUAAUACUGUUAGCAAAACUCUUCAAAAAGAAGACAUGCAUAUUGAUGUUGCUAUUGAUCAAUUGAAAAGGCUUAUAUCUGUUCUUGAUCAGUAUAGAGAAACUAGAUUUGAAGAGGCAAUGAAUGAAGCUAAGAAAAUAGCAAGUGAGAUGGGGAUUGAGCCUGUUUUUCGUGAGAAACACAUCAUUCGAAGAAAGAAACAGUUUGAUGAGAGUGCUAGUGAAGCGGCAACACAAUCAGCAAUUGAAGCUUUUAGAGUUGAUUUCAUUUAUAUAGUUGAUCAAGCUCGUACUUCACUUCAUAUCAGGUUUGAACAAUUUUAG